GAAAUGUGAAAAAAAAAUAAAAAAAAUUCAUAGUAGCACAAAAGUCAAAGAAUCUUGUAAUAUGUUUGUUAAAUACAUAAAUAGUUGUCAUAUGAUGAUAACUAGGAAUGAUCUAUCAAGUGAUUGUCAUCCAUGGCAGUUGAUUAUCAAUACAACAAUCCCUUGCUGGAGGACUUCCUCUUUCCUCCUUAUGAUGCCAUCCAGCCCAAGCACGUCUCCCCUGCCAUCCUCUCACUCUUGGACCAGCUUGAGAGUAAUUUGGUUGAGUUAGAGACUAGAGGAGAACCAACAUGGCCAAAAUUGGUGGAACCAUUGGAGAAGAUUAAAGACAGAUUAUCUGUUGUUUGGGGGAUUGUGAACCAUCUGAAUGCUGUUAUGGAUUCUCCUGAACUUCGUUCAGCCAUCGAAGAAGUCCAGCCAGAGAAGGUAAAGUUCCAGCUUAGAUUGGACCAAAGUAAACCUGUAUACACUGCAUUUAAAGCCAUUCGACAAUCUUCUGAAUGGGAGAGCUUGAACGAGGCACGAAAACGCAUAGUGGAAGCUCAAAUAAAGGAGGCAGUCCUCAAUGGUGUUUCUCUUGAGGAUGAUAAAAGACAACGUUUCAAUGAGAUUCAACAGGAGUUGGAGAAGCUAGCACAGCAGUUUGAGGAGAAUAUUUUAGAUGCAACGAACAAAUUUGAAAAAUUAAUUACAGAUAAGAAGGACAUUGAAGGAAUGACAGCUACUGGGCUUGCAAUGGCUGCACAAAUGGCAGUGUCCAAGGGUCACGAAAAUGCAACUGCUGAAAAUGGUCCAUGGACUGUCACAUUGGCUGGUCCAAGCUAUCGUUCAAUCAUGCAACAUGCAAAGAAUCGUUCUUUACGUGAAGAACUAUACCGUGCUUAUGUCACUCGUGCUUCAACUGGAGUUCUUGACAAUACAGAAAUCAUCAAUCACAUUUUGAAGCUUAGGUUGGAGAAGGCAAAGCUUCUUCGAUUCGAUAAUUACGCUGAGGUAAGCAUGGAAACAAAAAUGGCGACAGUUGAUAAGGCAGAGGAGCUUAUUGAGGAACUUUGUAAUGCAUGCCACAGUUCUGCAAUUCAAGACAUGGAAGACCUUGAGAUUUUUGCUAAAGGUCAUAAUGCUGUGGAAGCCAACCAACUUAGACACUGGGACAUCAACUUCUGGAGCGAGAGGCUUCGCGAGUCGAGGUAUGACAUUAAUGAGGAAGAACUACGUGCUUUUUUCCCACUGUCAAGGGUUAUAGAAGGUCUUUUUAGCCUUGGAAAGAAGCUCUUUGGUAUUAAUAUUUACCCAGCUGAUGGAUUAGCGCCGGUUUGGAACAAUGAUGUCAGAUUCUAUUGUGUCAAAAACUUAUCAGAUGUUCCUAUAGCGUACUUCUAUUUUGAUCCAUAUUCUCGUCCUCAUGGGAAACGCGGUGGGGCAUGGGUGGAUUUGGUUGUUGGUCGCAGUCGUGUAGUUUCACAUGAUGCCACAUCAUGCAGGCUACCGGUUGUGCAUAUUGUGUGUAAUCAAACACCACCGUUGGCUGGCAAGCCAAGUCUCAUGACCUUUCGUGAGGUUGAGGCUCUGUUCCAUGAGUUCGGCCAUGCCCUUCAGCAUAUGCUGACCAAUCAAGAUGAAGGUCUUGUUUCUGGUACAAAAGGGGUAGAAUGGGAUGCUGUUGAAUUACCUUCUCAGUUCAUGGAACAUUGGUGUUACCAAAGAGAUACAUUGAUGAGCAUUGCUAAACACUAUAAAACUGGAGAGAGUCUACCUGAAGAUAUAUGUUCGAAGCUCCUUGCAACAAGGACUUUCCGUGCAGGUUCAGAAUUGCUUCGUCAGCUACGAUUUGCAAGUGUGGAUUUGGAGCUCCAUAAAAAUUACAUUCCAGGUGGGCUAGAAUCUGUCUUUGAUAUUGAUCAAAGAGUGAGUAGAAAGACACAAGUGAUGCCCCUACAACCAGAGGACAGAUUCCUCUGUAGUUUCAGUCACAUAUUUGCAGAUACAUAUGCAUCUGGUUACUAUAGCUACCAGUGGGCAGAGGUAUUAGCUGCCGAUGCUUUCUCGGCAUUUGAGGAGGCUGGCUUGAAUAAUGAAAAGGCUGUCAAAGAAACUGGUAUCAAGUUUCGAGAAACUGUUCUAGCUCUUGGUGGUGGAAAAUCACCCCUCCAGGUUUUCAUUGACUUCAGGGGACGGGAACCAUCACCAGAGCCACUGCGUAGGUAUUAUGGCCUAAAACCAGCCCUUGCUGUUUCCUGAGACCUUCAUAUAAGAGUUUGAAAGCAAGUUCUCCAAGGAAUCCUUCAGCUUACUGAAUCUUUUCAUUCAUUUUAACUUUGGAAAACGCUUAAAUCUCGUAUGUAGUAAAAAAAAUGGUUAAUGCUUGGUAA